CAUUGAAAGUGACCUUUUUGGUGUGUUUAUUAAUUGUUGUUUGUUCAGUAAUAAUAAAUAAAUAGCAUAAAAACAUAGCAUGUGUGGUAAAAUAAAGUAAACAUCGCUAUUAUUUUACCACCGAGUACGUGUAGUUUCUCUGUGUCAGUAUUCGAGUGAGCCUAAAUGAGUGUAAUCGGAGUGUUGCUUAUGACGUCACAUCCGUUGUUCUUCUUAGCGGCUUAAUUCACACGAUGGUCUAUCAGAUGGCGCGUAGCAUUAAAACAAGUGAGAGUGAGAUUGAUAUAUACAGAAAAAAUUGUUUUAAACGGAAGAAGUAAUUUUUUGUACCAAAGGAAGGAAGGAAGUAAAAAGUGGCGAGGCUUAAAAAAGACGAGAAAGAAAGAACAGCUUGUUUCCUGCUCUUUGCUUUGCUCAAGUCUGAUUUUUUUUCUAUUAUUGUUUGCAGGGAAGAAAAAACUUUUGUGCACGUUAUUUUCUCUUGAGGCUGUAGAUUUGGGUGCCAUACAAUUGUUAAAAAAUAAAGAUAUUAAAUGCUCUAAAAAAAAAAACAAGUGAGAGUGAGUGUCGAGUUUGAGCAGAAAAUGCCGUAUCAAGUGAGUACCGUACGAUUAAAACGACAAAAACGAACCUGAAACCUAAAAUAAUACGACAUAUAUGCAUAUGAAGUGUUUUAAUAAACAUUAUUUCAAUACUUCUCUGGAAAUAUUAUGUCAACUGCUUCUCAGCUAAAGUUUUUGAGCUUAGGUCAUCUUUCGGUUAAAACAACUACAUCUCCCAUAAGUCAUUGCGGCGUCUUCCGCUGAGCACAAAAAAAGCCUCGUAUGUCUGAAUUAUAUGUCCCGAUUAUUUAUUCUGACCUCUAUUAACUCGCUGUUAAUAUUAUGUUUACACAACGUUGUACUUCAAAUGGUAAAAAUUGGAUUACUGAAAAGUAUAAUUUGACGGAUUCCCUGGCAUUCCGGAAGUGCUUCCGGGAAGAAGGAGGAAGAACCGUCCAGAGUCCUCACACUAUGGCGGAUGCAAAAGAGUCAUGCAGCGACGUCCCAGGGCGACAAACACUGCUGCAGGUGUCCGACUCCUACGGACGCCAGUUGCUGGGUGUGCUCAGAUCCUUUCGAGAGCGAGGACUUCUGUUUGACUUCACCAUAAAAGUCCAAGAGCACACCUUCCCCUGCCAUCGCUGUGUUCUUUAUGCGUGCAGUGAUUUCUUCCGGGCCAUGUUUGAGGCGGACAUGCGAGAGCGGGAUGAUGGUUCAGUGACACUAUGUGACCAGAGUCCAGCGGUGCUGGGCUCCUUCUUGGACUUCGCCUACUCUGGCCACAUUCUUAUCACGGAAGGAAACGUAGACUCGCUCUUUCAGCUCGCCUCAUUUUUACAGGUGUCACUCCUGUCCAGAGCGUGUAGUGACUUCCUGGCGGCGACGUUGGAUGUCGCUAACUGCUUGUCACUCUUAAACCUCGCCGAGGCGUACGGCUCGGUCGCCCUGCAUCAAAGUGCCGCCGACUUUGUGGUUCGCAACUUCCACGAGCUUUCCGACGUGCGAGACUUCGUGGAUAUGCAGGUGGACGUGUUGGAGGAAUGCCUGAGGUCAGCCGCCCUGGGCGUGCCCAGUGAGGAGGCUGUGGUGAUGUCACUUCUCAGGUGGAUACGUGGAGAUCUUCCUGGGAGGCAGAAGCUGCUGCCUGGGUUGUUAUCUCUCACCAGGCCUCACCAUCUCCCUCCACCUGCACUCCAGACCCUUCUGGAAUCAGACGCUCUGCUGAGGAGCGACGAGUCCUGCGUGGCCCUGCUCACCGAGGCUCAGAGCAGACAGAGUCAGCACUUAGGACUGUUCACCGACGCCAGGCCCGCCACCACCCGGACCUACAUUUAUGUCCACAAGACGGAGGGCAACGGAGAGACCUGCCACUCUUUCUGCUACUGUGUGGCAACAGACCAGUGGAAGGAGCUCUCAAUGAGCCAUGGAGUAACAGCCAUGCCAGACCCACCAGGCUCACACAUGACCAGCUUCGCUGAGAAGAUGUUUGUCACUGGGGGUUGCCGUGGAAACUGUCGCCCUGCUGUACGCCUCCAUGUGGAAGAGUCUUUCCACGACGCCACCAACGAAGUGUGGUGCUUCUGUCCCGUCACAAGGACCUGCACGCCCGCCCCGGCCAUGCUGAAGCCCCGAACCAUGCACACAGCCGUGGUCUGCCUUGACCGCGUGUAUGUCAUUGGGGGGCGGACCCAGGGACCUAGCGGGUGUCUUCACAGUCUGCUAGAGGUGGAGUUUUAUGAUCCGCUGAACAGGCGCUGGUUUCCGGUCAGUCCUCUGCCGACCGCAAUCUUCUAUCCGGAGGCCAGUGCUUGCGGCAACAAGAUCUACACUCUGGGAUCACAGGCGGAGAGAAGCGACUCCUUCAACCCCUCGCUGGACUGCUUCUUCAGCUACCAUGCCCGACACGACCAGUGGAGCCGCCUGGUGGCAGACACUGGUCAGUUCUUCCACGCGGCGCUGGUCAAAGCGGUUUCCAUUCGUCAGACUCUGCACCUCUGUGACCUGUCCACUCACAAGUUGUACAGUUUCUGCCCUGAGACAUGUGCGUGGAAGGAUAAGGGAUCCUUCGGGUGUGCAGGGUUCAACGCUGAAGCAGUGGGUACCUGGGACAAAAUCUACAUCCUGGGUGGCGACUAUUCCCCCAACGAGAUCACAGAUGAAGUCCAGGUGUACCACAGUGACAGGGGCCAAUGGGAAGAGUUGUCCUCGAUGCCCAGAGCGUUGACUGAAUUCCACUGCCAGCUCAUCAGCUUCAACAGGCACAGUGACCCCUGGUGUGACCUUUGAUGCACAAACUACACAAACGUUGAAACGGUGGUUUGCAUGUUGGCCUCCCGGUCAGGAGAUCAAAGGUUCAAAACAGACUCAGUAACUCCACGGUGACGUUGUGGUGAGGAAUGUGUGAAACAAUACAAAAAGACUGCCAUUAAAGGCCUACUGAAAUGAUUUUAAACGGGAAUAGCAGAUCCAUUCUAUGUGUCAUACUUGAUCAUUUCGCGAUAUUGCCUUAUUUUUGCUGAAAGGAUUUAGUAGAGAAAAUCGACGAUAAAGUUCGCAACUUUUGCUCGCUGAUAAAAAAAAAGCCUUGCCUGUAGCGGAAGUAGCGUGACGUCACAGGAGCUAGUAUUCCUCACAAUUCCCCGUUGUUUACAAUGGAGCGAGAGAGAUUCGGACCGAGAAAGUGAUGAUUACCCCAUUAAUUUGAGCGAGGAUGAAAGAUUCGUAGAUGAGGAACGUUACAGUGAAGGACUUGAGAGACAGUGAUGGAUGUAUCUCUUUUCGCUCUGACCGUAACUUAGGUACAAGCUGGCUCAUUGGAUUCCACACUCUCUCCUUUUUCUAUUUUGGAUCACGGAUUUGUAUUUUAAACCACCUCGGAUACUAUAUCCUCUUGAAAAUGAGAGUCGAGAACGCGACGAGCUAACGUGAUAGCAUCUUGCUUUAACUGCAUAUAGAAACAAAAGAAAUAAACCCCUGACUGGAAGGAUAGAUAGAAAAUCAACGAUACUAUUAAACCGUGGACAUGUAAAUACACGGUUAAUGCUUUCCAGGCUGGCGAAGGUUAACAAUGCUGUGCUAACGACGCCAUUGAAGCUAACUUAGCAACCGGACCGCACAGAGCUAUGCUAAAAACAUUAGCUCUCCACCUACGCCAGCCAGCCCUCAUUUGCUCAUCAACACCCGUGCUCACCUGCGUUCCAGCGAUCGGCAGAAGGACGAAGGACUUCACCCGAUGCGUUUGGCGGACCGGAGACGUAGGAAGUCAAGGUGAGGUCGGCGGCUAGCGCGGCUAGCGCGGCUAGCGCUCCACCGAUCCCACCUACAACUGUCUUCUUUGCAGCCUUCAUUGUUCAUUAAAAAAAUUGCAAAAGAUGUCCAGAAUACUGUGGAAUUAUGAAAUGAAAACAGAGCUUUUUGUAUAGGAUUCUACGGGGUACCAUAACUUCCGUUACUCUGACUUCGUCACGCGCAUACGUCAUACCGCGACGUUUCAGCCGGAUAUUUCCCGGGAAAUUUUAAAUGUCACUUUAUAAGUUAACCCGUGCCGUAUUGGCAUGUGUUGCAAUGUUAAGAUUUCAUCAUUGAUAUAUAAACUAUCAGACUGCGUGGUCGGUAGUAGUGGCUUUCAGUAGGCCUUUAAAAGUUAAUAAUACUAAACAGACACUUGUAAACAUGUUAGCUGAUUAGCUAAUCCUAAUAACGCUAGCUUGAUUACAUUGCAAUAGCAGGUACAAAUAUGCAUGAAAGCACUCUUACAGAUAUCACACACGGGACGGUUUAGUAAGUAUGAAUUGUUUUAGUUGUAUUGUAAAAACUUACAAACGCCGCUUGGAGUGAUGAACGAAGAAUCCGUACGAGUAGACACGCUAUAGACAAGUAAUAGACGAAAGGGGAUAUACUUCCGGUUCAAGGCACGGAACAGAAAGUGGAUUUUCAAACCGCAGCAGUGAGCGAACUCGCCCAAAAGAUGGCGACGUAGCACAAACAUUGAUAACACACCUUUUCAGUGUGUCUGUUGAAUACAAAACAUGGCCGUUGGCGAACAAAAAUUCAUGAAUUAGCCGCACAGUUUUAUAAGCCACAGGGUUCAGAGCGUAGGUAAGAAGUAGCGGCUUAUAGUCCAAAAAAUACGGUAGAUUUUUUUGCAUUAUCUAAAAAAAAAAAAAAAAAGCAAUUUCGGUAGACAUUUCGUGUGAAUGCUGAAGAGCCAAAGCCGAAUAGAAAUGCUGGCCAGAUAGUGUCGAGCAACUAAAAAUAUGAGCUAAAAAAGCUAACGUGCUAACAAUAACAUGCUUACAGUUAGCAUUAGUGAAAUACCAGAAUAUAGCUGAGAUGACGCUGCUACCUAGGGAUGGGUACCGUUCACAUACGGUACCCAUCCCCAGUAUCUGGAAAUCCAUUUCUGUGAUGUUUUUGUUUGUUAAUAAAUGUUAAUUUUUUAAUAAUAAAAUGUUAUUUUUUUAUGUAACAUUUAAAAAUAAGCUAAUAACUGUGCUGUCCAGUUGAGUCUUUUGCAAUGCAGUUGCGCUUCCAAGACAUUAGGUGGCAGUACUGUACAGGCUAUUUGUAGUAUGUUGUCUAACGAGGAAGUAGCCUUGAAUGUGUUAUGUUGCGCCCUAAAAAGUGUUCAUACUGUAAGUAUCGUACUUAUUACGCACCAGCUGUUUAUAACAUCCAUCUUAGUUGUAGUUUUCAUUGACACUUUUGAAGAAUACAAAUAAGACAAUCAACAUAACAUUAAAGUCCAUUUUGAAUGAGAAGAAGCAGUAAGAAGUUCAAACCUUGUGUCUGGUGUUGAAAUUGUCAUGUAAAAUUGCUAAUGCUAAUCAGUAGCAAAGCCAAUGUGUAUUAACAUCAAGCUAGUGCACUUUUGGAAAAGUGGACCCUUGCUUUACUUACUUUGGAGCGUUUUUGUUUGUUUGUUUUAAAGUUGUUUGCUCUGUUGGCAUCCAAAAUUGAAACGUUACUACAGAGCAAAACUUUAUACUUUGCAUUCAUUGUUUGCUGUUUGUUACAUUUUUGUUGUAUUUUGCUUGUUUGUAUAAGAUACACAAUUAUCGAGGAGCUGGUCUGAGAAGUAAAAGAGGAGCGAUGUUCAUAUGUUGUUAAUAUUCAGUGUUUUAUUGUUCAUAGUUAA